UUCAAACUGCGGAGACUGCGAAGCUCUGGUGUUUGGGAGCGUCAGGGCCAAUGGGUGCGGAGCGCCCCGGCUCCGGCCUCCCCUAACCCUGGCCCCUCAGGUUCGCCGCUAGCUGCUUCUCUCGGGCCUCUCUCCGUGCUGGGCUUCCUCGAGUCGGGCCCGGGUGGGCUCCCGCCCUCGACUCCCUGAACAUGGCUGCAUCGGGGCUGGAUCAUCUCAAAAAUGGCUACAGAAGAAGAUUUUGCCAAUCUUCCAGGGAACCUGGCAUUAAUAUGAAGCAAGGCCAGAACAUAUUGGUACUCUUACAAGACUGUUUUGAAGAACAAAGUCUUGCCAAUGACUUUAGCACUAAUUCUGCAAACUCAAUGGUUUGUUCAACACCUAAAAUAAAAGACACUUGUCUUCAGUCACCAAGCAGAGAGGCUCACUGCCAGAUAUCACAUUCACAGUCAGUUCCAGUUUCUUCAAGAAAGAAAGGAGCCUCUCUGCAGUUCAAUCCAGAACCAAGCGAAGCUGUCAGCAUAUCAGUUCAAGGCCAUGAGGUUCCUCAGAAAAUUUUGGCAGCUGAUGUUGGUUCUAAAACACCUGACUCAAGAAAAAUGUCAAGUAAAAAACUCAAAGAUCUUCACAAUGAUGCCAAUGAGGAAUUUUACUUAUCUGUUGGUUCACCUUUUGUUCUUUUGAAUGCAAAAACAUCUGUACCACAAAAUGAUGUUUCGUCUAUUGGCCAAAAGAGAGAGACCUACACUUUUGAAGAUUCAGUAAAUGUGUUAUCUUCAAGUACAGAGAUUUCUCUUAAAACCAAAAAAAGGUUAGACUUUGAAGAUAAAGAUAUUUUGAAGAAAGUAGAAACAGAGACUAAAGUAUCAGAUAUAGAGGAUGAAGUAUCAGAAAGACCACAAGAGAGAAAACCGCCAGAAACUCCUCAGAAAAUAAUGCAAGGUUCAGAAUAUGAAAUUCAAUCACAAGCUAAAAAGAGUUUUUCAGCCUUGUUUUUAGAAACUUUAAAAAGAAAAAGUGAAUCCAGUCCUGUUUUUAGGCAUAUAGCAACUGUUCCACCUCAGUCAUCUCCUGCAACUGAUAUGAAUUUAGAGGAUGAAUUUAUAAUUGAUGAAUCAGAUAGUUUUGCCAGUCAGUCUUGGAUUACUAUACCAAGAAAGACUGUGCCUGCGAAACAAUGCACAGUAUCCCCUACUGAGAGCACUGCACUCCUUCAAAGUAAGAUGUCAAGAGAAAAACAUCACAGUGUAACACCUACAACUUUGACAAAUGUCAAACAUUCUGGAAAAGCUCACCCACUAGAGAAAUCUCAGCCCUCUGAUCAGAGAAAACUGGGUAGGAAUUGUGCUUUGACAGAUGAAAUGGAAAGUAGAUCUACAAAAACUGAAAUGUAUUCCAAAAAUGCAGAAAAAACAUCUGGAAACAAAAGGACUACAACACAAAAACAGAAAAGAAAACUUCAAGUCAAUAAAGUUGAAGAACAGGUUGAUAAGGAACAAGGUAAAGAUAAAAAUAUAAAUAUGUCACCUAUUGCCCAAGACAAGGCACAAAGAAAUUCAGACAGAAGUAUGAAAGCGUGUAAAGAGAAGAUAAAUGUUCAUAUUUCCAAAAAACGGGUGCCACCUGUGGGAAGUAAGAAAAGUAGCACCAAUGUUCCUCAUACAGCAAAUCGGGGGAAAAAUAGGGAAUGUGAAAAGGAAAAUUUUUCAAAUGGAUCCAGGAAGAACAAUCUUAUACUUGAAGAAGUGACUUUGACUGUCAAGAAAAGUCAAAGAAUUUCCAAGCGUCCAUCUAAUUGGUGGAUGGUAAAAUCAGACCAAAGUCUUUUUUAUAGCAGUACUUCAGUAAGAAAUGAAUUAACAGUACAUGACAACAGUGGGCGAAAAUCUGCUAAAAAAACAAAUCAAUCAUCUAAGAAUAUUGGGGGAAAAACUGUUCCAUUCAAAGGGCAGAAGAAAGCUAAUCCAGGCCGCUCAAGAACACGGAAGAUUUUAAAUGCAAAAGAUUCGAGAAGAAUUAUUGACCAUGAUGAAAUUUCUGGUUCUUCCCCAAAUGAGUAUUUGGAAUGUGAUGAGGCAGACAUAGCUAAAAAGAAAGAUGUUGAUCAUUCUGGAGUUGCAGGAAGCUCAAAAGAUGAAGAUAGUGUUAUGACUGCAAAAAAUGUUCAUCUAAAACCUCAGAGCAAUGAACAUCCAUGCAAGACACCAGCAGAGUCUGACUCUGAUUCGGAAGAACCUAAAACUUUAGUUCUGGAAGGAAGUGGACCUUCCAGGCUCAAGAAUUAUUUAAUGUCUGGAAAGAAUAAUUCAGAUGUAGAUGAUGAGGAAGUUCAGGAAAAUUCAGAUAACUCAAGAGUGAAAAGAUCUGAAGUAACACAAGAGAACAAAAGACAUCACAAAUUAGUAUUGCCCUCCAACACACCAAACCUGCGCAGGACCAAGAGAAUACGAUUGAAACCUUUGGAAUAUUGGCGGGGGGAGCGAGUAGAUUAUCAAGAAAGUGAAUCAGGAGGAUUUGUAAUUGGUGGAAUAUUGUCUCCAGAAACAGUAUCGUCUAAAAGAAAGGCAAAAGGAGAAACGAAAAAAGCCAAGCAGAGAGUUAAUAGGAAAAGGAUCUGUCUUGAUAACGAUGAAAGAAAGAAAGAACUAGUCAUAGAUCUGAAUAUACCUCUGGGAGAUCCUUUGCAGCCAACGAGCGUAAGGGACCCGGACACAAGAAAGAUUAUUCUCAUGGAGCUUUUAAGGCCACGAGAUACAUACACAUUUUCAGUUGAGCAGGAUGAGUUGAAAGUGUAUAAAACAUUGGAUACACCCCUUUUUUCUACUGGAAAAUUGAUAUUAGGGCCACAUCAAGAAAAGGGAAAGCAGCAUGUUGGCCUGGAUACAUUGGUUUUUUAUGUUAACUUUGGUGACCUUUUAUGUACCUUACAUGAAACAUCUUAUAUAAUAAGAACUGGGGAUUCAUUCUAUGUUCCUUCAGGUAAUUAUUACAACAUCAAAAAUCUUCUGAAUGAGGAAAGUGUUCUUCUUUUUACUCAGAUAAAAAGAUGAAAGAUGAAGCAAAAUUUAAAUACAUGUAUAUAUAUUAUAUGCAUACAUGCAUACACAUAUAUAAUAGUUUAUGUAGUUGGGACAUUUGACUUGUAAUUAUUUGUGAUGUUUUAAAAUAAAAAUUUUAUUAGUUUUGUG